ACACACACACACACAUAUAUAUAUAUAUAUAUAGAUAGAUAGAUCCUUAUAUUAUCUCAAAAGGGCAGAUUUGGCAGUAGAGAGCAGUCGAGUGAUCGAAAUCUUUGGUGUAUUCUCCUCCGUUAAGGAAACAUUACCAAGUAACAAAGCAGAAUGUCAAACCAACAACUUUCCGAUUUCCAAAAGAACAAAAUCCUUCGUGUCUUUAACACAUUUUAUGAUUGCAACCACGAUGGGGUGAUAGAGUGGGAUGAUUUUGAACUUGCCAUCAAGAAAAUCUGCGACUUGCAUUCCUGGCCAAUUGAUGGUCAAAAACAUAAAGAGGCGAGGGAAACCUUAAAAUUGAUAUGGGACGGUCUAAGGAAGUUUGCCGAUGAAAAUGAGGAUGAACAAGUGACGAAAGACGAGUGGCUGCGAAUGUGGACCGAAUGUGUGAAGAGCGUCGAGAAGGGGGAAAGUUUGCCUGAAUGGUUAACUAAAUAUAUGAACUUUAUGUUUGAUGUCAAUGACACCUCAGGCGACAAUAUUAUUGAUAGACAUGAGUAUAGUACCGUGUACACAUCCUACGGCAUUCUCAAGUCUGACUGCGAGGCUGCUUUUGAUACUCUCUCUGAUGGCGGCAAGACAAUGGUGACGAGAGAUAUAUUCAAACGACUUUGGACUGAGUAUUUCAUCUCAAACGAUCGUAAUGCCAAGGGAAAUUAUCUGUUUGGAACACCAAGCUUUUAAUAGCAGCCUCUUAUUUUUACUUCCUUUAAAUACAGAGCGAAAAUUUUAAAAAAAUGACACAAGAAACAAAUAUAUCAAAAUGAACAAAUAAAUAUUAAAAUAAAUAUUAAUUAUAAUUAUUAUAAAAAUCAUCAAAAUCUUACAGCAAUCUUAUCUCAAUAACGCUAUUAUAACUAGCAAUCUAAAUGCUAGCAGUCAUAUCUAUCAAAAAAUAACUACAAUAAUAAUAAUGAUAGUGAUCUUAAUAAUUUUAAAAUCAUCAUAAUGUCGAUGGUGGUAAUAUUUUAAGAACUAUUACAACAAUAAUAAUAAUGAUUAAAAUAAAAAUAACAAGAAAAACAAAAACCGUAAUAAUGAUAAAAAUAAUAAUACAAUAAAAAGUAACAAUAGUAAUAUUAUAAUAACUAAAAUGAAUAUUAAAAUUUUAUUAAAACUCUUAUGAAGAAUUGUACUAAAACGUCUUUAAUAAUUGUGUAUCCAUUCCAUUAUUUUCAACAAAUUUAAUAACAGUGUAUAUCGGAUGUCAUUAAUAUUUUAAUGUUCAUUUAUUCGCAUUUAUUCUAUUAUAUUAUUAUAUUCAAAUUAAUCAAUUAAUUGAUUGCAUGAAAUAAUCAAACACACAUACACGCACACGUGAACUAGCACGCACAUCUACAUUCCCACGCGUAUUUACACACACACAUAGACACACACAUACACACGCACGAGCACACUGAGAAACAUAUAUACAUAAAUACUCCAAUAACCCAUGCAUACAUAUAUACAAACAUAACUAUAUAUAUAUAUAUAUAUAUAUAUAAACAUACAUACAGGCGCAUCACACUAUAAGCACAUGCAUGCAUAAGUAGUUAUACAUACAUAUAUAUAUAUACAUAUAUAUGUACAUAUAUGUAUGUGUAAAUAUACAUAUGUAUGCAUGUAUACACAUAUACAUACCAAUUUAAAAAUAUCAUUACAUGAUCGCUAGUCACCCAGGUUAGGGAUAAAAUGUCUGACAUAUAUCUACCUAGAUAUCUUUAAAGAUGUUCAACUACAAAUCCUUUCUCUUUCUUCAUGAACUCUCUUAUUUUUCCUUGUUAUAUUCUUGCUUUAAAGGGAGACAAUUACAUAAUAAACGUACAAAUACAAGUACAUGCGGAAAACAUAAUUCCUUUAUCUCAAAACUUCACUUUUGAUAUG